AGAAUUAACACCUCCGAAUCCCGCGAGGAAUAUAAAGGUGUCCAGACAACUUCCACCCGAUGCUACGCAGCCUGGCAAAGACUCUUCGCAUUCUCCCUCACAGUUUCACAUUCACCUCCAGAUCUAUAUCUACAACAUCAUCAACCCUUCAAAGCCCACCUUCCACUCCCACCACCAAAAUGGCCCCCAUCGAGCGCAUCACCCUCUUCAAGGUCCCCAAGGAGGAAGACCGCCUUCGUCUAUUGGAGCAGUACAAGGUCCUAGCCAAGACUGCUACUAAGGACGGCAAACCAUACAUCCUCUCGGCCGCCGUCGGCCUCUCCUUCGACGACCCCCGCAACAAGGGCUAUAACAUCUCCGUCAAGACAACAUUCGCUUCCCUUGAGGAUAUGAAGUACUAUGAUACCGAGUGUGAGGCGCAUAAGGCGUUGAAGGCUGUGGCCGGACCGGUGAAGGAGGAUGUUCUUACUACUUAUUAUGAGAAUGUUCUUUAAACCUGAAUAAGGCUGGAUAAGAACCGGGAGGAAAUUGAAAGUGAGAAUGAAGAGGGCCUGGGAUUGAACUGGGUGGAAUCUUACGAUCUAAGUGAUGGGAUUUUGUAUAGAGUGUCGGGUUUGUGCUAGACCUGGGUCUACUGAGAGGACCUUACCAGUACCCGGGAUGAGGAAAUGAAAUAAAAGAAUCUUGGUGACAAUA